GAGGUUGUAUCAGGAGAGAGAGAGAGAGAGACAGAGAGAUCAUGAGACUGUGGCUGCCUUGUUCUAUGGGGUUUUCUUUAACAGUAUCCAUUGCUUGAAUGGAGAGCAGGCAAACUGGAAGAAGCAUGAAAUGGAACCAUGGGAAGAUGAUCCAGCUGACCAGCGUACCUGCCUUAUCUGUGGAGACCGCGCCACAGGCCUGCACUAUGGCAUCAUCUCCUGCGAGGGCUGCAAGGGCUUCUUCAAGCGCAGCAUCUGCAACAAGCGCGUCUACCGCUGCAGCCGCGACAAGAACUGCGAGAUGUCACGCAAGCAGCGCAACCGCUGCCAGUACUGCCGCCUGCUCAAGUGUCUGCAGAUGGGCAUGAACCGCAAAGCAAUCAGGGAAGAUGGGAUGCCAGGUGGAAGGAAUAAAAGCAUCGGGCCUGUGCAGAUCACGGACGAGGAGAUUGAGAGGAUUAUGUCGGGACAGGAGUUCAAGGAGGACGCCGGUCUACCAGAGCAUACCUGGGGCACCAACGGCGACAGCGACCACAGCUCCCCUAGCAACGGCGCCUCGGAGGGGAACCAGCCUUCCCCUGCCUCCACUCUGUCAUCCAAUCGCUCGGUGGAGAUCAAUGGGUACACGGCGGCCCUCAGGGACCAGUACAUCAACACCUCCAUGUCCACUCCCUACCAGCUGCUCCCGCACCUCUUCAGCUACGCCGCCCAGUCCGGCCUCCUGGCCCCCCAGCCCCGUAGCCUCUACCCCCAGUCCCACCCCCUGGUGCUGCAGCUGGUGGCGGCCGAGGACCUCGCCCCCCUGGCCACGCCCAUGCUGAUUGAGGACGGGUACAAAGUGACCCAGGUGGAGCUGUUUGCGCUGCUGUGUCGCCUGGCGGACGAGCUGCUGUUCCGCCAGAUCUCCUGGAUCAAGAAGCUGCCGUUCUUCUGCGAGCUGUCCAUCGAGGACUACACCUGCCUGCUGAGCUCCACCUGGCAGGAGCUCAUCCUGCUCUCCUGCCUCACCAUCUACAGCGCCCAGAUCUUCGGAGACCUGGCCAGCGUCACCGCCAAGUACACGCCCUCGGAUGACGAGCUGCAGGGGUUUAGUGAAGAUGGCAUGGAGGUGAUGGAGAGGUUGAUAUAUCUGUUCCGCAAGUUCCACCAGCUGAAGGUCAGCAACGAGGAGUACGCCUGCAUGAAAGCCAUCAACUUCCUGAACCAAGAUAUUCGAGGGCUGACCAACGUGAGCCAGCUGGAGCAGCUGAACAAGCGCUACUGGUACGUGUGCCAGGACUACACGGAGCACAAGUACCCCCACCAGCCCAAACGCUUCCCUGAGAUCAUGAUGUGUCUGCCCGAGAUCCGCUGCAUUGCAGGGAAGCUGGUGAACGUUCCUCUGGAGCAGCUCCCGCUGUUGUUCAAAGCAGUGCUGCACUCCUGCAAGUCUAGCCUCAGCAGCUACAGGACAGGCUCCUCCCUCUGUCUGACCCCAGGUACCUCCCCCGCAAACUGAGCCCCAGAGACCCUGCGCCCCCCGCCCU